AUGCCGCGUCGCAUCACCGUAUACCUCGAAGCGCCACCGGGAGACGGACUCCGCUCAGCACAAGACCAUUUUUCUCAGUAUAUCAAGCCAAUUCUUUGCAAAAGUGGCUUAGAUUGGGACUUCGUGGUAGGACGCCAGCAGGGUGAUGUGCGCGCUGUUGUUGCUGAAAGGGUGAGGCGUGCACGGAGAGUUGUCGAGAAGGAUUUGGGCAAUCCAAUUGCUCAAGAUGCACCAACGGCAGGCGAUGCAAUCGAAGAGAUCCGCCGGAGAAACGGCAUUCCGGACUAUGAGGGCGUGAAAGGAGAUAUAAUUGUUGGUCGUCAUACUUGGAAGGAAUAUGUCCGGGGGCUGCACGAGGGUUGGCUGGGCCCGCUUGCACCUCCCAUAGAGCCAACACCAAUGAGAGAGGCCGAAACAGCUGCUGUGAAGCUUCCGUCUGCAGAAGAAACCGAAGCUGCCAAUGGCUCGGCUGUCGAGGGGAAGCCAAAGCAGCCUCGUCAGCUUCAACCGUAUAACAUUCCGGAACAGUAUCCUUCCAGCUCUCUGCCACGCUUCAUACCAGCCGAGCUAGGUCCCAGUGUGCCCAUCUCAUUCCCCCAUAUUCUUGGUUUCUUCAACACCCCAACAAGAAUGUACCGUUACCUUAACCGACGAAGCCUGGCAGACGAUAUCGGAAGGGAUGUGGCGUCAAUAUGUUUGGCUUCAUAUCGUGAGUACCGUGAAGAUACUGACGGAUAUGAACAGGCGGCUGUCCUUAUACACGAAGAGAAAAACUGGGUGAAAACUGUGUGGAAGUGCGCAGAAGACGACAAGUGCAAAGGAACUCGGGAGGGGGGAAAUAAGGCGCAUACGGAUCUUCCAUUGUCGCACAGCAAGGAAAAGAUAUGGGCAUCGCCGAUCGUCUUAGAUUCUCGCAUUGCUGCUCGCAUGCGCCGAUUUGCCAUCGAUCCUGAGGCUGAACAGAGGGCAAGACAGAUCACUGUUCCUGAAGAACAGGUGGAAGGCUGGACCAAGGGAAAGCUCCGCCAGCUCGUGCGCUGGGGGGUGCGUGCAUGGAAAGGCGACCAGAGAGUUAUAAAUGUUGGCGACCUAGACGCUACAAACUAA